AUGGCACAGAGACUAGAAGACAUUACCAAGAAGAGGAAGGCAGAGAAACAAACUCUGAAAGAAGCUGCAACCAAGGCCAAACAAUUCAGAGAUGAGGAAAGAAGAAAACAGAAGGAACAGAUGAAGUUGUUGAAACAGCAGGAAAAAUUGCAGAGGCAAGAGCAGCUGAGGAUGGAGAGAGAGAUGAGAGCUCAGCAUGUGGUGGAGGCACGGAAGCGUAGGAAAGAGGAGCUCCAGUCCCAAAGGUUUGCGGAGACGCUGCGAAAAGCCAAGGAGCGAGAACUGAAAAGACAGCAGGCUGUUCUUCUUAAAGAACAGGAAAGGGAACGGCAACAACACAUGAUGUUUGUACUUAAUUUGGAGAGAGAGCGACGACGUCAGCACAUGAUGUUGGUCAAAGCCUUGGAGAACCGGCGUAAACUGGAGGAGAAGGAGAGACUGAAGGAGGAGAAGAAAGCCGAGAAAAGGCUGACCAAGCAGAGGAAGCUGGAACAGAAGAGGUUAGAAAUCCAAAUGGCCAAAGAACUGAAGAAACCAGUUGAAGACAUGCAGCUGAUGGAUGCCAAGCCUCUCCCCACCCUGAACAGAAUCCCUGGAGUCAAGUUACCAGGGCCAGCCUUUGCAGACUGCCUCAUGGUUGUGGAAUUCCUGCACAAUUUUGGCAAUGCUCUAGGAUUGGACAAGGACUCCAUCCCCUCCCUGAACACAAUCCAGAUGGGAAUGUUGAAUGAUGAAGAGGAGCUGGAAGAAGUGCUUUCCCUCAUGACUCACCUGCUCAAGUUUGCUCUGGAUGACCCUGGGGUACCCAACCCCAAGGAGGCAACCACACUGCUGAAUGAAAAGAUAACAGAUGUUGAUUUGAAUGAGAACAACAUUUCUGAAGUUCUGAGAAUCUUCUUGGUGGCCAGGAAUGGGAGUCAGGAUGAGUUAACAGAGCAGUUGAAGUUCCGUCCCUACCAAGCCUUCAACAGUACCCAGAAGGCCUCACUGCUGGGGGCACUGUGCAACGAACUGCUGUGUAGCAAAGUUAUUACAAAUGAAAUUGAGCGUAACAUUGACACAGUGUCGAACCUCAGACGCGACAAGUGGGUGGUGGAAGGAAAAAUAAGAAAAAUGAAGCACCUGCAGUCCAAGAAGUUUGGCAAGACAUCCCCGUCCACCAGCCGUGCCGAGACCACCAACGGAGACAGCACCAUGUUCAAUGAAAGCUCCAUCUUCACCAUGGACAACGAUGACAGCAGUAGCGUGGCGCCAUCUGGCAGGAGCAGCAAGCGGGGCAGUGAUGAUGAGCAUGAGGACGGGGAAGAUGAAAGUGGAAACGAGAGCGAGGGUCCAGAGGGAGAGGGCCAUGCUGAUGCAGAGGCUGAACAUGAGGAGGAAGAACAGGUAUCACAAGAGGAAUUGGAGAAGAAAAUUGAGAAACUGACAAAGCAACAAGGUCAGUACAGAAACAAGGUAUUUGAUGCAGCUCAAAAGUUACGUGCAAUGGCGUUUGGUCAAGACCGCUACAAACGCCGUUACUGGGUGCUGCCAUACUGUGGAGGAAUAUUUGUUGAGGGGAAAGAAUCCAGCGAACUGCCAACUGAUGACGAGAAGGAUAGUUUAAAAACAGAAGAUCAAAAAUGUUCUUUGUCAGUUACAGAAAAUUUGGAAGGGAACAAAGUAGCAGAGAAUUCUGAUGUCAAAAAGGAAAAGGGUUCCACUUGUAAAUCACCAAAAAUCAAAACCGAAAUGAGCACAUUGCCAAUUAAUGGGGCUGUCAACAUUCCUGAUCAAAAAACUCAAAGUGAGGAUAAAUCAAGCACCAAUUUGUUCCUCCAGGAGCCAAGCACUACCAAGUUCAGUGACCUAAUUCAGCCAAAGUCUGAAGAAAACAGUUUGAAAGUGGCGACAGGGAGUAUGGACAGUAAAGGGAACAGCAGCAUGACCUCUCCGACCUCCACCCCUGCAAAGCCUGGUUUCAUGAGCAUUGACAGUAUACUGAAGAAGGACUUUGUUAGCUCACCGAGCCUUCUUAGUUCGUCUUGUCUCACUACAACUCUGAGUUCCACUGUGAACAGCACAAUUGAUAUGGUGAUGAAGAACCACAGUGUGGAGCCCAUCAACCAAUCCUGGUUCAGCAUCAUUCCCAGAGUUCCCUGCGACGACAGCUCAAUUGUACACAGCCCGGGUACUCCUAAAACAAAGACUAGUCUGGAGACCUCGCAUUCCUCAUCAUUUGGAAGUCAUAGUGCAUUCAGUCCAUUCCAAAAAUUGAACUCCACUCCAACUUUUGCUGGCUUCCAAAUGGGCCAGAUUGGCAACCAGCAGGGCUAUGCAUACCCUGGUUUACCAGUGUUUGGAUCUAGUCCAAUACCUCACUCAGGACCAAACUCUAAGCCGGAUACUCAGGGUACGUCACAUGGUGCAAUAGAGACAGUGGCAGGGCUCAAAGAGGUUCCAGCAGAAGCUUUAAAGCAACACUCAGAGCCUAAACCUAUACCUAAAGAACUUGAGCGUGGCUGGUGGAGGAUCACAGACCCCAAUCAGCUGAAGCAGGUGAUGAGGUGUCUGCACAUGAGAGGGAUAAGGGAGAGAGCCCUGCAGAAGACAGUACAGAAAUACAACGACUAUGCAUGUACAGCUUGCAGCAAAGGAAGCAAGGAAGCCACAGAGUUGGAGAUCACAGACCAGGACAAGAAGAUCUCGCAGACAGAGGCAGGUGCCCCUGACCCUGACCCCCACGACCUCUGGCUGCCGGAGACUGCCCUGGACCUGGAGAUCUCCGUCCUAGAGGAUGUGGAGAGUUUGGAGGAGAGAAUAUUUAAUGCCAGUUUACAAGUUAAGGGAUGGAAGCUGCCCCCCAAAGCCACAGAAGAGGAAGAGGUGAAGCUGGUCUCCAGGACAACCAUCAUUAAGAAGGAUGAUGAGUUCUAUCCAUUGGAGCUGGCCAAAGAGAGACUGGUGAAUUUAGAGAACAACAUUGAGAGAAGAUAUCUGAAGCCUCCCUUCAUCAAGUCGCCAGAGCUGGACAUGACCAAGCUGACCAAGCCAGGGAACGAGAGUCCGUCCUCUUCAGACGACAGCGACACAGAUGACACCACACCAGCUCUCUUGCUAUGGCGACGGGCUGUCACCUCGGCAACGAAUCCAUCCCAGCUGAUGAUGUGUGUACUACAGCUGAACAAGGCCAUAGCCUGGGAGAAAAGCAUAAUGAAAGUGUCCUGCCAGAUCUGCCAUCUUGAUGAUAAUGAGGCAGAGUUAUUACUAUGUGACAGCUGUGACAAGGGGUUCCACACCUACUGCUUCAAGCCUAAGAUGGAGAAUAUUCCAGACGGAGAUUGGUACUGUUACGAGUGUAUCUCCAAGGCGUCAGGUCAUCCACACUGUCUGGUGUGUGGGAGGAAGAACGGCAAGAUGGCGGAAUGUGACAAGUGCGAUAAGGCGUACCACAUUGAUUGCUUAAAUCCUCCGUUACCCAGACUGCCAAGAAAGUACACCUGUAUUUCCUGUCUAAUGAACAAAACCAAAUGUAAAGGGAAAAGGGGACGGAAGAGUAAGCAAGAGAAGGAACUAGAAAUAUUGACGGAAGCAGCCAAGGCAGCCGGGGAGAAGAGGAGUAAGGAAGAAAAUGCCAUGGAUCUUACACCUUGUGGUAUAAUGUUGGAGGAGUUAGAGGACCAUGAGGAUGGUUGGCCCUUCCUAAAGCCAGUGAACACCAGGCAGUUCCCUCAGUACAGGAAGGUGAUCAAGCAGCCCAUGGAUUUUGCCACCAUGAGAGCCAAACUAGAGGACAACGAUUACAAGACUCGCCAGGAGUUUGCCUCAGACGUCAGGAUCAUCUUUGACAAUUGUCAGACAUUCAACGAGGACGAUUCUGAUGUUGGUCAAGCUGGCCAUAACAUGAGGAAGUACUUUGAAGUGAGGUGGAAGGAGCUGUGUAAAAUACACUCCUAGCCAGGGGUCAUUUAUAGCCUGAAAAAUAUCACGCUUAUCUGGGAGUUGUUCAUACCCAGUGACUUGCGGGUAUUCUGGAAGAUGGUCUAAUUGUUUUCUGGAAAGAUGGAUGGAUGUAAGCAGGCUUAGAUCUUUAAUUUAUUAUCAGUAUGAUUACUGGUCAUUAUUAUUAUUAUUAUUAUUAUUAUUAUUAUUAUUGCAGUCUUUGGAAGGCAGUGUUGAUAGCAUUGUGGAAGGCAGUUGCUAGCAUAGUUAAGUCUGUCGAAGUUUGAAAGUAAAACAUGCUGUGAAAUAACCAUAUGCUUGGUUUAUUAUAAUUAUGCCCUUUUCACACCCAGUGGUACAGUUAACUGGCCCAGGUAGCUUCCUGAGGUCCUUCCAUUUAACCAUGCUGCAGGGGGGGGGGGGGUCCCUCUCAAAAGUUCUGCACAAGUGGGUUUUCUGCUGUUAAGUUAAUUGGCAUAGGGUUCAACAAAACUGUAGUUGUACCUAGACUUAUCAAACUCCUUGGGGACUCUUGCUGAAUGCAAUCUGAUUAACAGGUCUCAUGCUGGCAUUGUGUAGACUGUUUCAAACUUGUAGACUCUGUUUAUGUGGAUAAUCAGACCAUUAAGUUAUCAAUCUCCCAAAGUGGACCAGUCCAGUGAAAGUGUACCACUUGAUGUGGAAAAAGAUCUUAGUCCAUCCCUAUAUUACAUGGACCCAACCUGGGACUCUUGCCAUAUGCUUUCUUGCAAUGUGUUGAGAAAUAAACCAUGUUUCUAAAUAUAGGUAUGAUUUUGAACCUUUAAAAUUUGUGCAAUAAGCUUAAGUAUGCAUCUAUCUUUUUCUUCCUUCUGAAUGUCUGCGUCGUAAGUAGGUAAACUUUGAAACCUUCUCUCAGUAAUGGUGGACCUUGUAAAACUAUAAAACUGGUGUCUUAUCAGAAAUUCUGCUUACAUUGCUUGCAUUUAUACAUGGCAGUUUCUAGUUAUUUAAGGAACAAGAUGAUUUUGUGAACGAGAACAAAUGUUGGUGCUUAAAAACCAUUGUAUUUCACAGCAACAGUUCAGAAAAUGUCCAUAAGUUUCUUGAAUGAUGCCUUUGCAUUAGUACAAUUUCAAGCUUAGCCUUACACAUUUUGCGGAAAUAGGACAUAACUGGCUGUUGUCAUUUUGGCACUGACAUCAACAAAGACAUCUUUGAUUUUCCCUGCUAGUGGCACCAUACUAAUUUUACCAUCUUUCAGUGUUGCUAAAAUUUUCAUGCUUGUGAAAAAAUGUUUAUCAAUUUUUUGUUUAUUAAUUUUUCAUGAAGUAUGUCAUUUCUUCACCUAAAUUUAGAAUUUAGAGCUGAUGCACAUUAAGAUUGAAGUCUUUUUUCUUAUUUGAUCUCAAUUCUGAAAUGUUGUCUUUAAAUAUUUUGGAUGUACAUGUAGGAUAGGUUUACAGACAAUUUUAGACAGUGAAAAAUUGCAUGUAUGCCCAGUGUAAUAUUUGUAGACUUUUCCGCAUUGAAAGUAGAAAUUGUGUUGAAAAGAAAAGAUUAUAAUCCCUCAUUUGGGGUCCAUUUUCAAUUUUACGUUAGGCACAGUUCACUUUAAGUAAAUUUGUCAACUAUGUUAAUCAGUUGGUAACUAUGGUGUAAACUUCUGUAAACAGAGAGUCACUUUUCUCCAGGAUUUUACUGUCUGGCUUGACAGUAACGCUUAUCUCAUCUUCUGAUUGAAGAACCGUGCACAGAAACUGAAAAAGUAGUAACUAAGAAAAUUGAUUUUUUUUCUCUCAGACAAUAAUGCUGACUAGGUAUCUCCCCGGAUGUGCAUGUUAUUUAUGAAACCAAAGGAUAACUAGAUGGAAUUUUAAAUAUAAAUAAUAGUUGAUUACAGA